GUCAGACCCGGAGCUAAAUCACCUCAGCUCAGGUUCCUGAGCCGUCACCACUGGUGUCUCCAUUUCCUGCUCGCUCAAAUCCCCGCUGGACGAUGGCCUCGCCCCGCUGGCUGCCAAGGUCACCUUUCCCAGCUCCCGUGUCCGUGUCUCUGCCGCAGGCACGCUCGGAGAUGGACAAGUACCUGUCGGGCGAGGCACCGCCCGUGCCGAUGCUCCCGGACAAGAAGUACCGCCGGGAGAGCGCCUCGGUGGUGGACGAGUUCUUCUCCACGGAGAAGCCCAGCUCGGCGCCCUACAGCGUGAACAUCAACGUCAUCCUGCCCGACACCACCCACCUGCGCACGGGGCUCUACCGGCCCCCCAAACCCAUGGCCCCCUUCCCGCAGAUCAAAUCCGAGCCCGGCACCGGCUUCUCCCAGCCCUGCUCGUCCUCCUCCGGCCCCACGCAGACCCUGCCCGACUUCACCAGCGUGUUCAGCAUGCCCCAGUCGGUGGCGGUCAACAACAUCUUCAUCAAGCAGGAGAUGCCCGCGGAGAUCCCGCUGUCCGCCCACCCGCAGCAGCCCCAGCUCUUCCAGCUGCCCCUGGGCGCCGCCAGCGCCGACAUUCCCAGCCUGGCGUCCUCCUCCAGCAGCACCACGGCCAUCAGCUGCCUCAGCGGGGUCACCAUGUCCACGGGCUCCGUGGCCAGCGUGGCACACAGACCUGUGCAGCCAGCAGGGCCCCUCAAGCAGUACCCACACUUCUACCCCACCCCGGGGGUGACUCUGCCCCCCUCGCCCCCCAACUCGCAGCCUGGCAGCCCCGAGAACCAGCCCGAGCUCAUCAACACCAUCUCUCCCCCGCCGUCCUACGAAGCCACUUUUGGACUGAAGCUGGUCCAGUCGUCCCAGAUGCCCCCAGUGCCCAACGGCGUCGGGGGCCUCUCCCAGGGGCCCGUGGUGAUGCAGCCCCCCAAGUACAACCGGCGCAACAACCCCGAGCUGGAGAAGAGGAGGAUCCACCACUGUGACUACGCAGGUUGCUCAAAGGUUUACACCAAGAGCUCCCACCUGAAGGCACAUCAGAGGACUCACACAGGUGAGAAGCCCUACAAGUGCACGUGGGAAGGCUGUGACUGGCGCUUCGCCCGCUCGGACGAGCUGACCCGGCACUACCGCAAGCACACGGGGGCCAAGCCCUUCAAGUGCCUGGCGUGCGGCCGCUGCUUCUCCCGCUCCGACCACCUGGCCCUGCACAUGAAGAGGCACCAGAAUUAG